AUGGCGUACGAGAAAGUCAAUGAGCUUAACCUUAAGGACACAGAGCUUCGUCUUGGAUUACCAGGAACAGAGGAAGUUAUACAAGAACAAGAGUUUUCUUGCGUUAGAAGCAACAAGCGUCCGUUUGAAAGCAACGAUGAAGAAGCCCGUGAGGAAGAAGCAUCUACUCCUCCUACGAAAACUCAAAUCGUUGGUUGGCCUCCGGUGAGAUCUUACCGUAAGAACAACAGCAGUGUGAGCUAUGUGAAAGUGAGUAUGGACGGAGCUCCAUACCUCCGCAAAAUCGAUCUCAAAACAUACAAAAACUAUCCAGAGCUUCUCAAGGCAUUAGAGAACAUGUUCAAGUUCACGAUUGGUGAAUACUGUGAGAGAGAAGGAUACAAAGGAUCAGGAUUUGUACCAACGUACGAGGAUAAAGAUGGAGAUUGGAUGUUGGUUGGUGAUGUUCCAUGGGAUAUGUUCUCUUCUUCUUGUAAGAGACUUAGAAUCAUGAAAGGAUCUGAUGCUCUUGCUUUAGACUCUGCCUUAUGA